AUGAACUAUCCGACAGGAUUCACAAGUAGUCCAGUCUAUGAAUUCCCUUACUUGGGACCACAGGUACCAACGACUACGUACAAUGAUAUUGAUGCUAUACUAGCGAGUGUUACAUCUGGAGCUAAUAACGUAGUUCCCUACCAACAACCAGCGUGUACUUUACAGUGUGUUCCACAGAUAAAUCCGACGAUAGGCAGUAAUGCAACUGUUUAUCAUGUUUCAGAUGAUAUUCCCAUUGAAGCAAUUUUAAAACAGUUUGGCAUUAAUGUCGGAGCAUUGCAACAAUCUAAUACUUUGAAUAAUUACUAUAGAAGUACAGCGCAACCAGUCGACCUUACAGUUCAUUCUUCUCCAUAUCGUCACCGUCGACGGCUUGUUUGCCAAGAAAUAUCUGAUACAGAAGAUGAUAGUUUUCGCAGACGGCUGUCGCGGUCCCGAACACGGCAUCUUUCCGGUCCCAAUGAUCUACAACUGCCAUCUCCCGCUAUGCAUGAUGUAUUAGGUAGAGUAUGGGAUAAAGUACGAGCUGGAUCAGAACAUUUACCGACAUCAAUGUCUGCGCCCAAUUUGAACUGGCAAGCUCAACAAAACAGACCUCCAUCUCCCCUUCCUCCUCCUCCCCCUCCACCGGCUUCAGGAAUCAAUAAUGUCUGGCAAGCAAUGCGAAAUGCACCAUCGCCAACGCCUGAUAUGAAUCAAAAUGCUAUAAAAAAUGUUUGGAAUCGAGCAAGUAACGCUGCCGAACAAAAUGCCAGUCGUACGUGGAACGUGUUUAAUAAAAUGCGACAACCAACUGGUGGGAUUGUUCACAGUCCACCACCAAUGGCAAAUCGAGAAGCUGUGCAUGAUUUUCUUGCUAUGCGUAAUCUGCCACCCGGUAUAAAUCAACCCUUACCGCCACCACAAAAUCGUGAAGCUUUGAACAAUUUUCUCGCUGCACGUCACAUACCAUACGGCGUCAAUGAGCCACCACGAACUCGUGAGGCUGUAAACGAUUUCUUAGCGGCGCGUAGUGUACCAUCUGCAUAUGGUCAACCUCCACCAUCGUGGGGACCACCAUCAAAUCGAGAAGCUAUAAAUAAUUUUCUUGCUGCGCGUAACGUACCAUUCGGUAUUAAUCAGCCACAAUCACCACCAUUACACAAUCAAGAAGCUAUUGGCAAUUUUUUCGCAGCACGUAAUUUUCCACCUCUUGCCAAUCCAUCCAAUCCAGCUGUUGCAAACGUAUGGAAUAGAGUAGAUUAUGCAGCUCAUCAUCCAUCACCUAUCAACAAUGCAUGGAAUCGAAUGUCACACGGCGCACCAUUUCAAUCGCAGUCUUCCUAUCCACACCCACCAUUCAGCAGCGCAAUACCACCUCCUCGGUAUGUUCCUGCUCCAUCGUCAUUUGGUGCUUUGCUUUCUCAAGCACAUAGGCAGCAUUUACCAUAUGCAGGAGCUAUAUAA